AUGAGUGAGGCAACGCUGAACGUCUUCAAUAGUUAAUACUGGAGAAUCCGCAUAGAAUUGAGGAUUAUUCAAGAAAUUUAGGAACAUAAACAUAAAAAUUGGAACAUAAAAUUUAUGUUGAUUUUAUCAUAUAGAAGAACAAUGGAAAGGACCUCAUUGGCCGAAAUAUGACCCGCUAGGGGGAAGAAACGUAGAACUAACCUCGACGCAGUGCAAGCCGACACGAAUUGUUACACUAAACAACGCCAAAGAAAUUACUGCCUUUCAUCAUUCAUCAGUGGGAGAAAGCAAAAUCAUUGGCUAUUGACGAAGAGUUCAUCCCUUUGUCCAUUCCCUCAUUAAUCAAACUCACCCCUAGAAGUAACAACUGCCCAAUUCACAAUGCCAAAGCACAGCCGUGAUGGCAGUGAAGAUCGUGAUCGUCGAUCAUGGAGACACGAUUCCAGAUCAAUGGAGAGAGAAGCGAAGCGGAGUAAAAAUCGUCGAAAAAGAUCAAGAACUCCAUUGGCACGCGAGAAAAGCCCUUUGAGAACUCGCCGGUACCGUAGCCCCAGCAUAUCAACAACCUCGACAUUUCGGGAAAGGAGUCAAUCCCGAGAGAGGAUCCAUCGUCGACGAAGUAUCUCACGAAGCAAUGAGAGACCUGCAAGUCGAUAUACCACGAAAUCUGACAAACCUUCCCACCGGGAUAAUCGGGAUAAUCACCAGUCCAACAAAUCAGAUAUUGAUAAGCUGAGUGGUGCCCUGUGUAAUCAGAUACAGCUGAGCCCAAUGAUGACUGAAGGAGUCGACGAUCUGAGUGAAAAGAUCCUUCCGGAAUUCGAUCCUGAAUCCAAGAGACAGAGUGUUGAGGAUUGGCUGAACAAAGUCAAUCGUUGUGCUGAGAUUCGUCACUGGAAUAACUGGCAGAAAUUGUACCUGGCAACAUUGAGAUUGCGAGGAUGUGCUAGGGGAUGGUUCGAGCAAGUAUCAGUCUCCGAGACACCGUUCCUGAGUUGGCGUGAAUUUUCAAUGGCAAUUACUGGAAAAUUCCCAUUCUCAAAGACCAUCAGUUUUGGUGACACCUUGGAAGACAUGCUCCAGUUCACCAGUGACUCCAGCGGAAUGAGUGUCAAGUCUUAUUACUACGAGAAAAUCAAUAGGAUAAACAGAUUAAAUGUGGAUGUUAGUGAAGAGAGGGCUUUUGAACUUGUGGUACGUGGUAUCAGUGAUGUUGAUCUGAGGAUGAAGGCGAGUAUUUACUGCAAAGACAAGACUCUUCUGGAGCUUGAUAAAUUUUUUGAUAUUUUUUGUGGGGGCGAGGGUAGGAGGAAGAGUGACCAGAUGGAUGGGGAGGGAAAUAAACGCAAUGGGAAGAAUCAUUUGGCAAGGAAUUUUAGAAAACCAGAUAGACCUAAUGGGUGCUUUAAUUGUGGAGAGCAUGGACAUAAGAAGAGAACCUGUCCAGGGUUGAGACGGGGUAAUUCUCAGGAUUGAAAUUAUUCAGGGGUCGGUCAAGCAAUGAGCGGCUGAUGGUCAUGUGCUGUAACAAUUCGGAAUGAUCGUGAUGCCGAGGUCGGGGCGAGGGAGAAGUGAAAUGCGGUUCCAGAAACCCCGUUGUUUAUCAGGACAUUAGUCUAUUGAUAGUAAUUCAAGUGGGGGAGUAAUUGCAAAAUCCAUCUCUCUGUGGAUUUUUCCGAAUAAAAUUUAAUGUUAAUUUAAAUAACUACAAUAUGUGGUUAAUAUUCCGCUGUUUCAAUAAAAAAAACUGCAUUUUAAUUAGAAAUUGCUAUCAAUUCUUAAUGUUCUGAACGAAGCGGAGGGCUUUCAUAUUGAUUAAGACGAUUGGAGUAAUACUUUACUCGUACUGAGAGAUUUCUCAGAUUUUCUUGGAUAAACAAAACGUAAUUUGUUGAGUGCAAACAUUACAGAAAAUAAAUUCCCGAACUUGGGAACAGGA